AUGGGUCAUGAUUGGCAUAUCAAUACAAGUAUACCAAUAUCAAUAACAUUAAAAAAAUAUCAUCUUGAUCAUCAUCGAUUUCAAGGUCAUAUUAUUUAUGAUACAGAUAUUUCAACACAUUUAGAAAUUUUUUUAUUUUCAUCACGUUUUGGUAAAUUAAUAUUUUUAAUAAUAAUCCCAUUUCUGUAUUCAUGUCGAUCAAUAUUUAUUUUAUCAAAUACAAUACAUUAUGUAGAAUUAAUUAAUUUAAUUAUUGUAUUUAUAUUUAAUAGUUUAAUAUUUUAUUUUUUUUUUAAUAUUAAAACUUCAUUAUAUUUUCUAUUAAGUACUAUACUUGGAUUUUCAUUACAUUCUAUAUAUGGACAUUUUAUUGCUGAAUAUUAUGUUUUUAAACAAGGUUAUGAAACAUAUUCUUAUUAUGGACCACUUAAUGCUAUUACAUAUAAUGUUGGUUAUCAUAAUGAACGUAAACAAAAAAAAAACUUUAUUUGGAAAAAUUUACCAAAAGUACACAAAAUUGCUUCAGAAUAUUAUAAUAAUUUACCAUGUUAUACAAGUUGGAUCAAAAUACUGUAUGAUUUUGUUAUGAAUGAUAAUGUUGAUCCUUGGGCACGUAUAACUCGAUCAACAAAAAUCGGACAUGUGCGAGUAUCGAAUCAACAAGAAUAUGACCAACAAUUACAAAAUACUGUAAAUCAAUCUAAUAAACAAGAAUAA